UUCCAUUUUGCUUCUCACUCGUCCAUCAAAUUUCUCCAGUUAUUAGGGUUUCAAUCAUUUCUUUGUUUUUUUUUUCUUCUUGUUUUGAAAAUGACUGCGUUGCCGCCGUCGCUCUCUCCUCCUCGUUCUCAGACCACUUGCGCUUCUCUCCAUCAAGAAUUACAGAUAAUAUGGGAUGAAAUAGGGGAAAGUGAUGUAGAAAGGGAUAAGAUGCUAUUGGAAUUAGAGCAAGAAUGUUUGGACAUUUAUAGAAGAAAGGUGGAAAGGACUAGAAAGAGCAAGGCUGAUUUGCAUCACUCUUUGGCUCAAUUUGAAUCUGAAAUCGCCAACAUUGUCACUGCCCUCGAAGAGCAUUCCUUCUCCUUCUCAAGGGGAAAGGGCACUCUCAAGCAGCAAUAUCUUAUAUAAGACCUGUUUUGGAAGAGCUGAGAUCGAAGAAGCAAAGAAUGAAGGAAUUUACUGAAACCCAAGCACAGAUUGCACAGAUCUGUGCAGAAGUAGCAGGCAAUGGUCAGUCUAUGUCGCCUUCUGAUCCACAAGUAGAUGAGCAUGAUUUGACAGUCAAGAAACUUGGGGAGAUUAAGUCUCAUCAACAGGAACUUCAGAAUUAAAAGAUUAUCCGGCUACUGAAAUUUCAUAAUCACAUUAGUAUGAUUCAUAAGCUGUCAGUGGUGAUGUCCUUUGAUUUCUUCAAUACAGUUAGUGGCAUUCAUACGAGCCUGAUUGAUCCUGCAAAUGGUCAAUCAAAGAGCAUCAGCAAUGAAACUCUUGCUAAAUUGACAGGUGUUGUUAAUUCACUGCAGCAAGAG